AUGGGUAGAGCUUUCGGGGCGAUUCUACGAAACAGCCACGUGAUUCUUUUUAACGACUUGGAGUCGUACAUCCUCAGAGAAACGGGCAAUGUUACUUCGAUAGCGAUAAUUGAGAUGGUAAAUAACGUGCACAUGCGGUGGCUUGGAAUGGAGGUAUAUCGCGUCAUGGACCGUCUACUGGUCGUUGAGAUGCAUGAGGCCCCACGAUUGUCGUUUGACUGUAUUAGGUCGCCCGCGUAUCCAAGAAGCUGGGACGUGCGUUGUGUUGAUCCGAGACUUGAGCCGAAUUCCGUCAGGAGACAUGAUGCUAGCCUACCGGGGCGAGGGGAGGACUCCCUGAUGCAGCACGAUGUGGUCGUAGACUUCGGGCAGCGCUCGGAUCCGGAUAUCAAGUGGGAGUCCGUCCAGGUUUGGAGAUUCUUAUCAGCAAGCCAGGCCACUGGAAGGAUAGAUAGACUGAUUAUGUCGGGACCGAACAUUACUGUUGCCGGGUCACGCAUCUACCUGGUAGCGGUCAUACGCGGAGGCCCUCAACCAUCUAUAUGCAUUCACGCACGCGGCAGGCUAGAAGGCGGAAACGGAAUGGUCUGUCGCAGCAGACGAUGGCCUAGCGAAAUGGUAAUGCUUUCGGCCUUCCAAGCGCUCCAAAUAACCGCGAACAACUAUGAGUUCUUAUGGGAGACGUCAAGCUUCUGGGCUAGUACGGACAAUGAGAGAGCAGAGACCGUAGUUAAGUGGGUCUCAACGAGUCUUGAGCACGUGCGGGGGGUAUCACUUUCAGACGUGCAGACUGUCGCGACUGUGAAUCACUAUUUCCUAGCGGGCUUUGUAAUAAUUCUGCUUUCGAUGGCCGCUGGCGCUGUAUCCAUCUUAGGUCUAUCCUUAGGGAGCAGGGGCGCUCAUGGAGAUUACUGGUAUCUAACACUGGAGGGCAGUCGUCGAGUGUUGGCUAUGUCGGCUCUGAGUAGGUUGAACUGCAACCGCACUCCAAACAAGUCACCCUUGACUGCGCUCGUCAGAACAGGAGAUUUAACAUGCCACGUCAGCACGUACUACGGCCGCGACGUAGAAGUUUUGGGAGACGGUAUAAUAAAGGCAGGAAAACUGUUGGUGUUGGGAGGGCGGCGCAAAUCUUCAAGGUUAACCCCCCCAGGUGGACGCCAUCACAUCGGUUCGGGGAGAGAGGCAGUAUCGAGAGCAGCUGCCCUGACGACGGAAUGUGGGGCGAGAGCCGACAAUUUAGAAUCCGGUGACAAAGAGAGGAGGGACACACGGACAGUAGAAGGAGGAAAAGAAUAA